UUUCAGCUUAUAGUGGAGCAGGCAUGGAGAUGGCGCACACCGCCAGAGUGCAUUUUAUCUGGACAUCCAUAGCUCUAGCCGUUAUUUUAAUUGCCACAUGCUUGACAUAUUUUUUCCUUUCUAAGGUGCCUGAAUGCCAAAGAGUUAACAUCGUCAGUGCCACUGAGAGUAUGUUGUUCAAGCAUCAACGCUCUCGAGAACACUGGCUUCUAAAAGCUCAUAGUUGCAGUCAGACAGACGGUAGUUUGAUGUGGGAGAAUGAGUGGGAGGGGCACAGGAAUGAGAGUGAAAUUCUGGAUCACACCGGCAAGUGGAUUGUCAUACAAGAGAGCGGUGUUUACCUGGUCUACAUACAAGUCAACUUUAAGUUAAAGACUCACAGUAACAGCAGCUCUCCGACUUCUGUAGAGCUCAAACUUCUGGUGCACUUCAACUACGGUGAGAACACGCAGAUGUUUGCUGCCGCACAUGACACACAGAUGGUGAAUGCCAACACGGUGCAAGAUGCAAAGCUGAACGCUUUCCUUCUGAUGUACAUGAAAUCAACAAACCAGUUGUCAGUGCGAACAUUUCCAAGUGAUAUGGUUAACAUCGACUCACGACCUUUCUCCACGUAUAUCACUAUCCUAAAAUGGUCAGACAGCUGGUAGACUAAUGACGUCCCAUAUGAACACCUACAUCCAUAUCCGAUUUUUUAAAGUGGCAACAGUUCUUCUAGUUUAUAUUCCUGUUAAGCUUUCUUUUUGUAAUUUCAACAUGCGGUCAAGAUCAACAGCUGCUCAAACACUUGAGAUCAUCCAGUGGUUUAAUUAUGAAAUGCGCAUUGACACUAACAAAGAUCGUGUAGGAGGUUGUGAUACUUUCUAUGUUGUUUUUUUUUUUUUUUUCAUCUUUUAUUUCCUUUCGAAACAUAAAGAUCACAUCUCAUGAUCUUCUCAGAAGUGUGACACAUUUUCCUCUCAAGUGAUAGCCUAUAUGAGCGAGCUUUGUUAUGUUUCAGUUUUUUUAUGAGUCAAAAUGAAAAGGGCAUGCGGUACUGUUAAUGUCUGACUUUGAAGAGAAUGUACCUACUUAGUACUUCCUCAUAAACAACCCGUUCUCACUCCCGAGGCGUCAAAUACUGCCGCUUGUGCAAUCCCAGCGCGUCAAUCUAGAGACACUCUCUGGCGUCUGUAUCCGACGCACGCGGAAGUCUCAAAUGGAGGCUUCAUUGCGAAUCUUCGAUAGUAGCCUAUUGCGUGUGUUUAACCGCAAUGUUUCAUUAUACUUACACAUAUAUUAGUGUGGUUAUAUUACACGAUAAUUUUUUUUUAGAUCCGUAAUAACCCAACCCCAUUCCUGAACCUAAUCAAUUAUCAACGUAUCGAUCAUAAAUUAAGUUUCAUGUUUAACAUCGUUGAUAAUCGGUAAGGUCUUAACAAUAUUGAAGACAUAACAAGCAGAUAAAAGUACAGUAACAAUCAUUUAGUUAAAAUAGGCCUAAAAUACUGGGGGCACAUUGUAACAUUUCACUUUCUUUUUUCUCUCGAGGUAGAUUUUUACAAUGAUAGAUAUGCGAUUCCCUUCGCGUCAGGUUUUGACGCCGAACGUUUGUCACUGAAAGCAUUGCCAGAUAGGGUGCUUUUGGCGUCCACCUAUUGACGCGCUGGGCUCAUGCACAAGCGGCAGUAGCUACUUGAUGCUUCGGGAGUGAGGGUGUCACAAACGAUGUCAUCACUGCCUAAAAACAACUACUAACGAUGUUGUAUUCAAAAACAGAAGUUGUAAGCUAAUUCUGGUAGUUGUACGAUGAAAUGCAUUUUGAUGUAUAACCACAGAAUAUUUUAAUCAUCGACAGCUGAAUGUAACAACCUCUCGUGAUAUCCUAUCUUCACAUUUUGUCCAGCAUCACAUCAAUGUAUGAUGUGAAUGAUAAAUGUGUCAUAAAAAAGGUAUGGCUAUAGAACAGCACUGUAUUGUAUAUAGUUGUGCUUCUAUAAGAGGCCGGGGUUGUUAUAUACUGAAUAUGAUGUAAUGUUUCUGAUAGGGGUGUUGGAUGGCUGGUCUUGAUAGCGAUAUAUUGUUGUUGUUGUUGUUUUUACAUGGGUUACCACUAGUAAAAUACUGCUAGUGAGCCACACUAAUCCAAGCCAUAUUAAGCCAAACAGUGUUUGUGUUCAAAUCACACAGGAUGACAUGACUGACAUGUCUGCCUUUAUAGUAACAAGGUUACUGUUCAUGCUGAGUUACUUAAAUUAUGUUUGCACUGUUCUCAAAUGUAUAAACACAAUAUAUUUAUAAGAACGUUGUAAUAUUUUUAUUUAAACUAUUAAUUAUAAAUAUAGGAAUAUGUGCCAGCUCCCAUUGUGUGCCUUAAACUGUAUUGAAUCAUGUUUUUGGUGACAUAAAUCACAUAAAUUAUGGGGG